CAGUCUAAUGACCCAGCCCAACCUACUUCUUUCUCUCUUCUUCCUCCUCUAGUUUCCGAUCAUCAACAAGCAGAGAACAUGGCUAAUUCAGCGUCUGGGAUGCAUGUAAACGAUGAGUGCAAGCUCAAGUUCUUGGAGUUGAAAGCAAAGAGGAACUAUAGGUUUAUAGUGUUCAAAAUUGAUGAGAAGGCUCAGCAAGUUAUGAUAGAGAUGGUUGGGAAUCCAGAAAAAACUUAUGACGAUUUCACCAAAUGUAUGCCCGAGAACGAGUGCAGAUAUGCUGUCUAUGACUUCGAUUUCACCACUCCUGAGAAUUGCCAGAAGAGCAAGAUUUUUUUCAUCGCAUGGUCACCAGAUACUUCAAGAGUGAGGAGUAAGAUGUUGUACGCAAGCUCAAAGGACAGAUUCAAGAGGGAACUGGAUGGGAUUCAGGUUGAGUUGCAAGCAACAGACCCUAGCGAGAUGAGCCUGGACAUCAUCAAAGGCCGAGUCAAUCUCUGAAUGCAUCAUCUCAGUGCUUUUCAGUCAAAUUCAUAUUUUGUGCUUUCGUUUUCUUGCUGUUUUUGCUUCUUCUUCUGUUACGGUUUUACUUAUUGGCUCUUUGUAUGAUCUGUGAUUCAAGG